AUAUUUUUACGUCUGUACAUGGCACAGAUACACACACACACAGAGACACGCGCAUAUAUACCUUCUCGACUUUGACAAUAUAGUCCCUGUAGUCGUUCGAACCUUGUCACUUGAUUCUCUCUGCUGAUAGAUUCUCAUUGUGCUCAGAUAUUAUUGAUGUCACAUUUUAUUCUCGCGAGCCAGGAGGACGGCGGAUCGCCCAGAUCUGACAUUUGCGCCAAUGAGAGCGACGGAGACAGCAGCGACGGUGACUCUAAGGAUCCUCUCAAGAAUAAUCACUCGGGAAAUGUGCCUUCGUUCUCUGCAGGGAUGAUGUACCAGAUGCCUCAGAGUGUCAUUUAUUCGCCCAGUCCAGGGGUCUUGCUCGGCAUAGGACAAAACGGGCAACCGGUGCAAAUAUCUCAAGACGGAGGUACGGUGACAUCGGUGGCAAACUCUUCACAAUCGAGCCAACCGUUUAUCACGAUACCAUUGAACGUCGCGAUGAGCGCAGCGGGAUUGUCCUUACCGGUGACCUCCAGGAUGACCUCCAGAUCACCCACAACGACGACAACGACGACGACAACGUUGUCCACCUGCGGCGACUUGCCAUCCGAUCUGAGUAAAGAUCGAGAAUGACACGGGAGUCUUUUGAUGAGCGCAACAUCCGACGACGAUGAAAGUAGUUGUAGUUAAGUCUCUCGCCAUGCUGGAAACGGAAAUUGUCGCGUUUAGGAAUAACUCGCAGGUAUCUCUGGACUCGCGAUAUGUAUUUGUACGCUUAGAAUGACAUUGCGACUAAUAAUCGCGGAGUUUUUGAACGGAAUUCAGAGCGACCGAAUUAUCAUCGCAAAGUGGGAUUCUUCGCUUCCUUUCGUUUUUUCGUUUGACAGAAACCACGAAUGACAAGGAAAAAAUCGACGAAAUCAAUUUUUAUGUAUUUUUUGAUUAACAACAGACUAUGAAUAUGAAAUUACAUGAAUUGAUAAUAAGACGUUUCUAAAGAGAAACAGAAAAAUCGAGUAAUUAACUUCUUUCGAUAUAAAAAAAUAUAUAUAUCUGAUUGAGAUUAUGUGUGUGUGUGUGUGUGUGUGAGCACUAUCGUACAUAAUAGUCAAAAUUGUACUCCUAAAUAGUUCAAAACGAAAAAUGCCAUUCUUCAUGUUCUAAAACGGACUUCAGUAGUGUAUUCCGAGAAUACUCACUGCCAAUUAUGUGAGACUGACAUCGCAUACGAAUCCAAUAUUUAUCGCGUUUAAGACAGUCGCUUUGUUUUUUGAUAUAUAUAAUUAAUUAAUUUGCCCUAUAGAAUUUUUCGAAUUAUUUCCAUGAAAAUUUGUUUUCUUGCGUACGCCGAAAAUAAUCCAUCAAAGCUUCAUGCGAAUAUCAUAUACAUAUUAGAAGAAUGUACUAUAUGUAUGAGCUCAUGCACAAUAGGGUCUUUUGAAGCAAAUUAUUAGUUCUUUAUUCGCAUUUUCUUUAUUCCUCACACAUUUUAAACUCAUUUUUAAUAAUUUUACUGAUGAUUUUUAGAUGCGGAUACGGACGAUUAAUGAAUGUUUUUGUAAGAUUGCAAAUCAGGAAAUCAAAUCGUUAAAAAGAAGGUGAAUUGUGCGUGUCGAUCAUCGGCGAUUACGAUUUCAAUAUUAAAAUAAUCAACUUUAUCGCAAUAAAUGCUACAAUAUUCACGAGUUACAAGUACCAUAGGUGAUAAGAAGAAGUUGUGCUUGACAUAGCAUAAAUAUUUUGUCGAAAUGUAUGUUUUAACAGUAAAUAUCAUUGUUAAAAGGAUUGCGAAUCCAAGUCUUCUGCCAAUGGUUAGUGCCAAUAUAUAAAAAUUCUUGUACAUAGAUCCUGCAAAAAUUCGAUAUAUAUUAACUAUACCAAUAUUUUGUAUCGUCCUAAAACUAGAGUCGAAUGUUUUUUUUUUUCAUAAAUAGGGUAAUUCCCUAGUCAAGAAUUGUUUAUCAACGUUUUAUUUUAGAAUCGUUUAAGAAAAAUAAAAAAUUUAAUUAUGUGUGCUAAAGCGAAUUAAUCUUUGCUAUGAUUAGAAUUUUAUAUAAUAUAAUUAGAUAGUAAGUUACAAAAAUAAAUGUUUUAUAGAUUUUUCUUUAA